UCACACAUGUGGAAUAAUCCCUCCGUUAUAUCAUGCCACAUGCGAAUCGUUUAGUUUUUUUUCCACAAGAGUUAUAUAAAUAAGCAUAACUCAGCGUAAUAGACAAUUUGUGCAGAGGCAUUCCUUGAGCGCAGAAGAAGCCUGAAAUAUCUCUACAGGAUGGUUGGGAAAACGAUCCUUUGCCUUUUGGUACUUUUUGCCGUUUGUUCUGUCAAUGGGCACCGAAGCUGCGAGAAGAAAUCUGACUGUCGCAGGAAGGAGUGCUGUCUGAAGGCCGGGGAUGUCCAGCACUGCGUUCAUUGGUCAGAAAUGAACGCAAAAUGCAUUGUCAGCCAGCAACCAUUCAGAGGGGAAAGGGGUAGAGUUAUGAUAGAUUAUUGCCCUUGUGAUAAAGAUCUAUCGUGCAAUCCCCAUUCAAAUGGCCAGUUUGAUAUCGGAAAAUGUGAGCCGACCCGAUGCGAGGUGAACAAGGACUGUGCAUGGCGGCACUGCUGCGUGGAUGGGUUCUGUAGAAGACGUGGGGUGCUUGGAGAUGAGUGUAUACCUGGUGCCAAGAGGAAGAAGAACGAAAUGAUGCACGAUAAGUGCGACUGUCUGAGCACAAAAUUCUACUGCCGUUCCGAUGGUCUUUGUGAGAAGAAGGGGUUGUAAACCGUCAGUGAUGGACACUUUAGUAUAACUUUGUUGAACAUAUAUCAAUAAAGUAUUGGAAACAUA